AUGGCUCUGACAUAUCCCAACUCUAUGAACUGCGGUGCCAGGCUACUCGUCUCAAACAAGAGGCGUUCUUUUCAGAUGAAGUGUGCUUAUGAUAUAAAGACUUUUCAGGCUGCUGCUAUGGUAGAUCAUGUGUAUGAUAUUUUGGUUGGCUUUGACGAUACUUAUGACAAGGUUCGCAGUGAUAUUCUAUAG